AGUAACAACCAAUCCGAAGAGCGCUCCGGCUUUUGGUGUUUUUUUAUUCCUCGAGGUCGGCACGUGAACCGGAACGCCCUUCCUUGAGGUCGACCAAUCCCGGUGCCGCCUCACGAACGCCACGCCCUCCUCUCCCCCCCCUCCCGCUCUCUCCCGCGGUGUUGUGCAAUGGAGAAGCGAAAGCCCGGAAACUCUUACUCCGAUCAUCCCCGAAGCGGGCGGCUGUAUUUGGAAACAUGACCCAGAACUGUAAUGGGAGCGACGGCUACACGCAACUCAGCGUUUCUGCGCGUUCUCCCAGCCAGCAUCGCCAGUCGGUGGGCCGCGGGACCGCGGAUACCAGAAGCAAAUGUAUUACUGACUUUUUCAAACCAACUGUCAAACAAGACAGAACUGGGUUGUGCUCUCCAGAAAAAGGAAACGGACAAGCUGGACAUACAGUUUCAUGUGUAGACCAUGUUAAAAAGAAUACAUCAUCUUCAAAGCAAAAUAGAAAGAAGAAAUUGCCUUGUUCACCAUCAGGCAGAAGCCCAAUAAUUGAUGCUUUAUUCCGAAAGGCUAAGUCAGAGAAAAACAACAGUUCAGAAAAUGGUGUUUGCAUGAAAUUUAGUCAUCCAAAACCUGUGGUUCGGAGACUGUUCAUAUCUAAUGCCUUACCUGACGGUUCUUUCCUAUUAAAAGAUCAUAUUAACACAACAAAUUUGGAAGGAAAUGAGAACUAUCCUGUUCAGACAAGAACACAUUUAAUAGAUAAUGAUAGUAGACAACAUAAAACAGAACAUGAAGACCUAGACACAACUGGUUCAAGCUUGAAUAAAUGGCCUUCCACUUCAGGAAAUAACAGUCUGAAGAGCCAGGUAACUCAGUGUCAAAAAACAAUCUAUUCCAGGUUGCCACAAGUCAGUCCAAUUAGUUCUUCAUCUCCGAAAUCAUUAGGAACCGUUGGCAGAAAGAGACAAAAGAAGGGCAUCAAAGAUUUCUUAAGAAAAAAUUCAAGCUCAGCUUCACUGGAAUCUUCUUCAGAUGAGUCUUCUUCAGCACAAGCUUCGAAAAGUGUGUUUCGUUCAGGAUUAAACUCUGAUAAAACUAUUGUUACAAAAAGCCAGCCCAGUCCAACAGCAUAUUCCAGUGCUACAACUUCAUUUGGAAUAGCUAACCAUAAACAUCCUAGAAAACGGAAAAAGAUUUCAUCAAAAACAAAUGUGAAAAAUUUACAGAAUGUUCAGACGCUAAAUAAACACAAACGUCGUAGUUCACGAAUUUCCCAUAGUACUAAUUAUUCAAAACACAGAAUAUCUGCUCACAAGAAUUUCCAGCCAGCAGAUAUAGACUGGUCUAGCAGUAACUUGGCUAUUUCAGUAGAAAAAUCUGAAGCUGAAGAAAAUGAAAUUAAAUCAUAUAAAUACACUAUAAGUAAAAAUGACCAAAUCCAAAUUUCAGAUACUAGCAAGAGGAAAUUACAGACAUCUACUCCUCUUAUUUAUUUAGAAACAAGAAGAAAUAAUGCUUCUACAGUUCCUUCAGAAAAAAUUGCUGAGCCACUUGGAUGUUCUUUGGGAGAGUGUGACAGUGUUGUCUCACUUGAAGAUUAUACUUGUGACACUAUUCCUAAUUCUUCAUGUAAUUUAAAUAAAUCUAACAAUGAAGCGUAUGAGUUAAUUCAAAAAUUAAAGAGCAUUUCUGAUAGUGAUGCUGAGGCUUCUGAUUGCAGUGUGGACAGUAGUGAAGAAGAGGCACUCAUCCCUCUUGAAAAAAUAUUAUACCAGAGUGUCAACCCAGCUGCAAAAAAGUCAGAAGAAGCUAUGGAUGAGGAUGAAAUAGCGAGCACAAAUUCUACAACACAUAAUGCUUCUCUUUCUAAAGCUUUUACUGAGCGUGGGGCCUCAUACAUGAAUCAUUUGGAGCAUCUCCUGAAAGAGAAGGAAGAGUUAAGGAGGGUAGAUGAAUUAGAGAACCAAUUACAGCACGUUAAAGAGAUAGUUGGAAUAAACUCUGAACCUGAAGAUCAAUCUACUGAUGGUGAAUUAUCUGCUGAACAUAGAGAAUUUAUAGAAAAAUACUCAUUCAGCCAGGAUGCUAUUCCCGACCAGCACCCUGGAGAAAACAUAUUUCAAAUAGUGAAUGCUGGGAAAAUCUUCAGCCAGAAUAAUCUUGAUUUGAGAAACUUUGGUUUUCAUCCUCGAAAUCUAAUUGAAAAUUAUCUUCUUAGAUCUGGAAUAACACAGCAGCUUUUUGUAACUAUUGAAGGCUUACUUGCAUCUACUUACCAUAAUUCUCCUUGUCCCGUACCAAUUUUAAAAUGGAUGUUUCAGAUGAUGUCAAUUCACUCAGAUAGCACAGUUUCAAGAAAAAUUUUGGAUACGUUGAUGCUAUUAACAAUUAGAAAUUUUUCUGAUAAGAAUGACAAACAGAAGCCAUGGAUUCCAUCAUUAUUUGAUAUAACAGCUGUGUUAAUCAACAUGGGUAUUUCCUUCAGUGUGUUAUUUCCUUUGCAACAUUGUCAGCCUUGCUUUACUGAAAAUGAUAUUAUGAAAGUAUUUAGCAAAAGGUCUGAAAUGCAUGUAACUGUGAAUAAACAAUCAAAAAGAGACAUCUGUAUAAACCCAACAGCUUUCUUUCUUAUAAUAGAGAGCAAUCUUUGCAAUAUAGCAAAGUUUCUACGGCUGUGUAUUAAUGUGUGUCCAGAAGGUUACACAGACAGAGAAAUAUUUAUAUUGCUACUGCUAUUAUUUAAAUUAAGUUUGGAAACGGAACUGAAGCAAUUUCCACUAGUAGACUUGGAGUGCCUUAUUAUAAAAUUGCUUGAAAGUGUCAGAAACUGGGAUAACGAGAUGUCCCAGUUAUCCUUGGCAAUAAGUUGUCUAUCCAAUCACCAUCAUAAUCUGUUGUGGCUUGUUCAGUUUGUCCCCAAUUGGACAACUCGUGGAAGACAAAUAAGACGACAUCUUAGCUUGGUAAUAAUCUCAAAACUUCUUAAAAACCAUGUGAAAAUACCCAGUAGCCAUGAUCAUCAGAUGUCACUACUGUGUAAGGAGCUAGUGAAUAUGAAACCUUCAGGUCUGUUAAAGAGGCUGUCAGAAACGUCAAGUCAUCGUGAUGGUAUUACAGAGCCUUUUCUUUCUGAAUCUGAGCACCAGGCCUAUUAUCUGACUUAUGUCCUCCUUCACUUGGUUAGGGAAGCUAGCAAUUUUGAGCGUACAAGUUCCAAUCAAAGAAAAUGGCUGUUGAGACUCUGUAGCACCCUAGAAAAACAUGUAAAGUGUGAUAUUAGGGAAGACGUCAGACUGUUUUACAGAACUAAGGUAAAAGAUUUAGUUGCUAGAACAUACAGCAAAUGGCAGCAAAUGAUACACAGUUCUCAGCUUAUUCAGGGUCAGAUCCAUGACUUUUGGGUCCCAGAUACUUAAAAAAUAGAGACUGGAUGAUCAAAUGACCAACAAAAUGAGUGGGAAGACUACACUAUUGUCUAAGAAGAGGCAUUCUUGUAAAGUGCACUUAACUCCCCCAAUUACCUAAUUGGGCAACUUUAGUAAACUAUUUUUUAAAAGAUCCAUUUAACAUUGAGAAAGUUGCUUCUUUCUACAUGAUAAUAAUAUCUGAUUUUUCUUAAUUUAAAUUGGACGAAUACAUUUUUAGAAAAAUCAAGGUAGGAUUAUUUUGUCCUUUUUACAACAAAUAUGGUUCUUUCAUCCUACUGUGAAGCAGAAUUUAAAAACCAUCAUUGGUGUUUGUUUUUAGUAUUGAAAAUGCUUCUCUGGGGACUUUACAAUAGUAUCAGUUAUAUGGAUGUGACUUUUAACUUGCAUUAUUAGCAUAUCGAAUAUUAGCUUUUGAAAUGGAAAGAAACAGUAAUUUGAUGGAUGACACAAAAAAUUACAGACCUAUACAAAUUGGAAAGCAAGUUGGAAUUUAUUCUGUUACGAGUUUAUCUCCAAGUAAAUUUGGAUAGUCUGUAGCUUUAUAUUUAUAAUAAAGGGGUUAAGAAAUCAGUCCUAGCAAGUCCAUAUUGUUCAAAUGUUUAGGAUUGCUGGUUGUUUUUACCUAACAUUCAGGUAUUCAUAGAUAUCACAUGCUAAUAAAUUGGUGCAAUAAUUUGGUCAAUCUUUUUUAUUAGAAUUCCUCUGUUUAUAUCAGCAGUCCCCAACCUUUCCAGCUUGGCGGCCUGGUGCCACGGGUGCUUGUGCUUGCUUGCCCAUGAAGCUCCACUUGCAUGAGCAAGGGCGCUUGGUUUUGCUCGGGAAGCUCCAGUCAAGCACCGUCUGCUCUCGUGAGUGGAGCUUCACACACAUGGACUUGCCCAUUUAUCCCACAGCCCAAUUUUGAACGGGCCGUGGCCCAGGGGUUGGGUAACCCUAAUUUAUAUAACUUUGGACUAAGUAUAUGUAUUAUUUUAUGACAUGAACAUAAAAUAUAUUGUCCAUAAGUUUCAGUCUUAAUAUUAAUAUAAAUAUAUGUGUGUGUGUGUAAAUACCGUUUGUGUGCAGUUUUAAAUCUGAAAACUUGCACUGCCAUAUCUGUAAAUAAACAAAAUUUUAGAAGCCAUACAAAUUAAAUGCUUUAGAAAUAGUAUACAUAAAAUAGUUAUAUUUACAUUUAAAUCAAGGUACUCAUGUCAAAUAAAGAAAUGGCAAAAUAAAUGGUAUAAUUUGCUAUUAUCUUAAAUGUGCAAUAAGCACCAAUAAAUCAUUCAGGAAUUUUAUCUUUAUUCAAUAGAUGGUGGUUUAUGCCUCAGAAGUGUAAAUCUGGUUCUGAAUUUUAAUGUUGAGAGUUUCAUUAAUUCCAAUAUAAAGUUUUAAUGGAAAAUGCUACUUUAGAAGGAAUAAGUAAGGAUAUGUUGUUGUUGUUGUUGUUGUUGUUAUUCAGAUGGGGUAGAUUUUAUUGUUUCUUCCUGCAUUCUGUGCCUAGGGUACAAAUAAUUCCUGUGUGCAAUUAGAAAUAAUUUCUGUUCUCAUGAGAUGCUGUACACUUCCUCUGCAUUCUCUUGGCUGCAGCACCUUAGAUUGCAUUGAAGACUAUUGUAGAAAGUGUAGUAACUGCCAAAAGGUGAAUGCUUAGGAAGACAGCUAUCCUAAUAGAAACAGCCUGGUUAUAUCUGCAUGAUCAUAAAGGCUUGGACAGAAACUUUUUUUCUUAAAAUGUACUUUUGAAUGACCUGUUGUGCCAAACUUUUAAAGAGAAUACAGAAAAUAACAUUUCAGUCGCAAUGUAUAUUGUGUAUAGUAUGUAAUGUGUAUAUGUAAUACACAUGUACAUUAUGUAUAUUGUGUAAUAUCUAUAUAUUAUGUGAAGAAAUAUGAUUUUAUUUCUUUUUUAUAGUUUUUCAAGAAUGUUCAGAUGAAACAUCCAAUUUAACCACUUUAAGUUCAAGAAUAACAUUUACAUUAACAUUGAUUACAUCUCUAAAAUUUCACAGUAAAUUGCAAACAUGUCAUCCUUAGUAUAUUCUAAAAAAACCAGAUAUAGUGAGGAUAGAACCUCCCUUUUGCAAAAAUAACAUUUUAAUUGUAGGGUCUUAAUAGCAUACGAGGCUAAUUCAUUCCUGUUGUUUAUAUGUGUUUAUAUUCUUAAUUAUUAAACAACAGGCAUGUUAGUUCUUACAAACUCUGUAAGCGUAAUCUCUCCAAAAAAUGGUAUUUAUAGAUCAGACUUCUCCAGCUAUCCAAGUUCCUGGUAUUCCUAAUAUUAAAAUUCUGUUUUGUUUUGUCUUGAAUGUGCAUUUUUUUAUUUAGGCUGCACAACCUAGUUUGAGAUUUAUACAGUAUAUGAAUGUAUUGCUUGAAUGGAACUUAAGUUAUAAAGUAUUUAAUUCUUGCUUUAACAAGGUGUGCGAACUAGGCUCUUAUGUUUUUCACAAACCAUGUAUGUUCUAAGAAAAGUUAAUCCAAAAAGUAGAGAACCAUAAACCAAUAAAAACACAAUACAUUAGCUAUGGUUGUGCUUCAGUUUUCUUAACUUUGUUAUCUUCAUGUGUGUUGGACCUUAACUCCCAUAAUACUCAUGUUAUGAAAGACUAGUAUAAUAUUCUGAUUUCAAGUUAGAACUUAUCUAAAUAAUACAUUUAGGCUUUUGAACAUAAAAAUCAAAGAAUAAUUGUUGGACACUAAUGCAAAAUACUUCUAAAAGUUCAAAAGUACUGUUUUUUAUAGGUAUAAUUGUAUACUUUGUAAUUGUACAUAACAUACUGAAUCAUAAAUCAGCCAGGCAUAUUUUAGCUUAAUGGAUCCUGGACAAAGCUGAACAAGUAAAUUGAUUUAAUGAGAGCGAUGUUCCCAAACUUUCUUGGACUUUCCUGGGCAUCCUUAGUAUCUUUGUGGGACAGUUAGGACAAUCACAUUUAUUAAGUACGGUAGUAACAUAAACCCUAGGGUGCUGCAAUGCAGUUUAGGAACUGCGCCAGUAAGAUACCAUGUUUCCCCGAAAAUAAGACCCUGUCUUAUAUUUUUUUGAACCCCGAAAUAAGUGCUUGGCCUUAUUUUUGGGGAGGUCUUAUUAUUUUGGGGAGCAAGGAGCAAGAUGGAGCUCCUCUUGACAUUUUACCUGAUUUCCAGCUCUGUCUUCCUAAUCCUAACCAGAGGAAAUGGCUGGAACUGGCUGCGCAUGCGUUUCAAUAUUUUCAGGGAGGGCUUAUUUUCAGGGAGGACUUAUUUUAAUGCAUGUGCUCAAAAGCCCGAUUGGGCUUUUAAUCAGAGGAUGUCUUAUUUUCAGGGAAACAGGGUAUGAUUAAAUUUAAUCUUAAUAGGUCCUAUCAACAGCCCAAGUCAGCAAUCAAAUAAGAAAAAUAUAGCAUUCUCUCACUCUGUUCCUUUUUCGAGGGCCUCUACAUUAUCACCAAAACCUUAUGAGGACUCACACAUAAGUCACUGGCAUACAUUCACCACCACCCCCAACCCCAAAGUUACUAUUUGCUGUAUCUAAAAUGAAAUAAUUAUGAUAAUAUACCCACCUGCAUUGGAAGGGUAAUAACACUCACAGACUAUUAUUGACCUGCCUAUAAUAAGAUCCAGUUUUUCAGUUUGGUUUCGGUUUAGUUUGGUUUAUAAUAAGAUCCAGUUUAGUUUCCAGUUGGACAUGCCUGGAAAGGGAAAACCUUUACCUUUAUAAUAAGAUCUCAAGCUGGGAAUCAUUGAUACCUGAACACCUGUAACAUACCGUUACAGUAAUCUAAAAAGUAAAUUGUACAUUUUGGGCCCAACCACCAAGAUUGUAACAGAGUCAGCUACAAGAUAAGCAUUGAUGAUAUUCUAUAACUUUAAAAUCCUGGCUGUUGCCCAGGCCUUGGGUAGAGUGUCCCAAGGAGCCCUAUAGGUGAUGAUUGUGUCCAAGGGAGUGGGACACAGGAUUUAUUUGCUUGCUUUUUUUUUUUUACUGUUUUCUUUAUUUUUGAUUUAAGCUGCCCAAAUUUCAAAUCAAAUUUGUAUUAUAGCCAUAUACCAACAUAGCUGCCAGAGUUGUUUUGGAGUCAGGCAGCCUCUCCAUCUGAUAUUAUGGAGACCAAGCUAAUACAGAGAACAGUACUUCUCUAAAUAAUAUACUACUGGAAGUAUAUAAAUGAGGGUCUUUAAUGGAGGCUAUUCCUUCAAUUCAGUACUCUCUCUUAGGCAUAUUUCCAUUGUUGUUUUUAUAUAAUAAGAGUUAAAAUUAAGGAAAAGAUUCAUAAAUUGAAUACCGGAAUAUGUUAAAAAGCUAUUGUGAUCGAAGGAUUUGUAUCCAAGCAUGCUGGCUGGGGAAUUCUGGGAGUUGAGAUCCACAUAUCUUAAAGUUGCCAAGGUUGAGAAACACUGUUUUAAAUUGACCAUAAAUAGAUCAGUAUAUGAAUUCCAGCUACAAAUGAGCUUUCUGGUAAGGCCAUCUCUCUAAAUAUUGUACAUUAAAUUUCUUUUUGCUUAGCUUAUUACUUUUUAAAAAAAUUUAAACAUGCCAGCAGUAUAUGCAAAAUGAAAUUUAUUGCUGUUCUAUUGAAGAUUCCAAAUUCAAGCGAGACUUUGGCAACCUGUCUUGAUGGUUUUAUUCCUUAUUUCCAUCUGAUGCGCCUUUUUUCUGUUCAUGUAUUUGCAAAUGUUAGUGCAACUUUAAAUAAUGUACAUGAAACUACAAUUCAGAUUCUUAUGCACCCUUGCUUAAUAUAUUGAUUGCAAAAUGUGAAUAAUUUCCUUUCAGCCUCUCUUGAAUCUAAACCUAUAGAGCCAGAAAGUUUGCAAAUGCAUGGACAGAAUUUAUAGUGAUGAUUAGACCAGAAUUCAGUGGAUUUAUCUAGCUAUUAAUAUCAAAACUAUUCUAGUUAUUUCUUCUUAAAAAAAACCCUUAUGGCUUUGAAUUUUUCCCCCUGCAUAAUUAUAGAUGUCUCUUAAUUAUACAGCCAGUUAAUUUUUAUUUAAUGCUGCUAGAUAUUUUGUUUUUACUAAGCAGUUUCUUGUUUGUGUUUGUACUGAUGUAAUAUGUAAUUAAAACUUUUUAAAACAAA